AAAUUAUUAGACACUCGUGUAUUUCGAGAAGAUUUCUGAGAAUAUUUCCAAAAGUCAACGCUUUUAACUUGUAGCCCCUGUCUGUGCCAAUGACAGCACUGUCUCAUAUGGAAAUGACGUUCAUUUUUACGUCUGAAUCGUGUGUUGACGUUGCCGGAUAUUACUUGCAGUUAUUGAUGGUUCACCUUAUUUUUUGGUGCAGGUGAUCCAAAAUUGUUUGGUGUACAAAUGGCGUUUGAACGACUGGAUGUUUUGCCUUUGGCCGUCUUCAUUCUUUUCCCAGCAACUUUUUUAGCGACUUAUAUUAUAGCCGUUCUUCUUGGACAUGUAGAGCCAGACUUUCCGUACAUUAGUGAUACAGGGACAUAUUCUCCAGAGAGCUGCAUAUUUGGCCAGCUGCUUAACGUUGGGACACUUCUAUUGGGCUUGGUGAUAUAUGUUCGUUACCGGCAAGUUGCAGAAUAUUACAGUAGUUACUCAUUGUCACCUGCUGUACUCAGUCUGAACAAAAUGGGGGUAUGGUUUGGCCUGCUGUCAUGUCUUGGCCUCAGCUUUGUAGCUAACUUCCAAGAAACUAAUGUUAUAACUGUUCACCUUACUGGAGCUUUCUUAUGUUUUGGGUUUGGAACCGUGUACUUCUGGAUUCAUGCAGUGUGUUCUUACCAUAUGCAGCCAUUAGCAAAUAGUCUUCAGCUGGCCCAUCUUAGACUAGCACUGGCUGUCAUAUGCACUGUAUUUUUUAUUUUACUUAGCAUAACUGGAGUUCUGUCACACAUUCAGUUCAGAGGAAGCAAUCCACGUAAGUGGUAUCCUAAUGAUGGCGGCUGGCAGCUACAUGUGAUAAGUACGGCAUCUGAAUGGGUUGUUGCAGUGGCCUUCUGUAUAUAUAUCUUGUCAUUCGCAAGAGAAUUCCGUAACAUUAGCCUAGAAUCAAGGGUAUAUUUGAAUGUGGAAAGUGGAGGCUUUAGCGUAGUAGACAGUGAGUGUUCACCAGUUCUUCCACAUGCUGCUGUUCCUGAAGGUGUUGUUAUUGUGCGACAAGGUGGAAACAGUAUUAUCACUUGAUUAGAGAUACAUGCAAGAUGCAAUUCUUCAGGUUCACAUGCCAGUACUGUUUGGUGUGAUGAAUCUGGAAGUCAGCAUUCUGUUGUGAUUAUUGCGUCUAGCCAAACAAAUUGUGAUUCUGUCCAACGAGAGAAUGAAGUGUUAGAAUUUAAUCACCAAAAUAUACAUUUCUCUGAAGAUGAUGUGUGUGAACAUGUGAACAGUGAAUCUCAAGAAAACUUUCAGGUCUCUGAAACCAGCAAUGAGUGUGCACAGCACUCAGUUGUGAUAUUCUCAUCGUCAUCUCCAAGAUCUCGUUGCAGUGAUAUUCCCGAAAACAAUCCAGUUCUUUCCUCCGAGACUGAAGAUGAUGGAGAGUUAGUUCCUAGCAAGUUGCUGUCACUUUCUCUCUCCCUAUUGGUGGCUGCAUUCUUCCAAGCCAUUCGCUGCCUUCAGGAACUAAUAGAAGACACAUUUAGAACACUACACUGUGAUUUAGAUGUAGAGUAAGUUCAUAAAGCCUUACACCUGAAAUUAUUUUUUAAAAUUUCAGAUUUAACAGUUUUAAUCAAUAAAAACUAAAUUCAGGAAAGAGAGAACACCUGCAAAUAUUAAGUAUGGUAUUUUUACAACGAAUAGUCUCUAUAAUCAAUUACACGCUUAAUGUAGGCCUAUGUAGGCUUUGUUUUGUACUACUGUUUGUGAAUUUUACAUGACAUUAUAAACUUUUAUAUAAGACUCUUAAGAAAAUAUAUAUAACACAUUGGAGAAAUGCCCUUUUGCAAGUCCAAGACAUUAAAAACCUUAUAACGGUGCUUACAUUUGCUUAAAGAGGUGAUUGAGACUGAAGAGAUUUUUUUUUUUUUUUCUUUUUUUUAAUCUAGGUGAAAGUAAUGUAAAAUUUUGAUAUGGAAGAGCCUGGUACACUGUUAUUAACUUUCCACUGCAUUCAUUUGUGCAGCCUCCCUAUCCUAAUUUCAGUCUAAUUUCUUCAUUAUUUCAUACAACUUACUGAGUUGUAUCAGAGUAAUUAUUUCUUUUAGGCAAUCUGCCUAAAGAUUAAACGAAAAUUUAGAAUUGAUGACAAUCUGAGACGUAACUUUGAUUUGAAGAAACUUUUUCCAGUAUUAUCUUUUCAUUGAUUUUCGUUUGUUUAUCUUAGAAAUUUCUCAUAGAAAAUCCUGUAUUUUUUCCCAGUAUUAUAUUGUGAAUUAUUAAAUGUUAUGUUAUUUUAGAGAAAUCCCAUUAGAGCUAUUCAUUGAAAUCUGAAUACACUACUUAAAAUGGCUCUGUAUGCAUAAGACAAGAUUGUAACACAUGAAACAAAAGAUAAAUUGUAAUAUUGUGUUCAAAUAAACAAUUGAACUUAAUUUAUAAGAAAAUAUUGUGUCAUUGGUUAUGAGCCAGAUAAUAACUGGUGUAUGGAAAUUAGUUUGUGUUUAUUAAAUAUUUAUUACCUUCAGA